ACCAUCAGCUCUCUUACACAGUGGAUGAUAACUCGACGAGGGUGCUUUCGUGCCUUGCAUACUAUGUUAGCCAGCUGUUGUCGCCUCAUGAGCGAUAGUGUUGUAAUCGGUUAACACCACUGGGUCUCGUCGCAACAAAACAAACCGUCGAUCGAAAUAAGUAGUAUACAUUUAAAACUGUGUUGUUUUGACUAGUGAACGAUAGUCGAUUCAGAAUGCAGCUCGGGAGUUUAAUAUUAACUAUACUGGACCCCUUCGAAAUCAUUCGUAAGUACCUGCUCAAACCGUUGGCCGUGACCGGAAUCGUUUACGCCGAGGAGUACAAACGAAAAACCAAUGCCGGAGUGCAAUCGACAAAAAACAUCCUCCUGAAGCUGAUAGCAGCCGUAUUGGUUGGAGUCUCCAUCGUGUGGGCUUCUAUAUUCAUGUAUGCGUACUUCUACUACUCGUACAUGCCAACCGUGUCGCAUGUCAAAGAAGUGUAUCUCAACUACAGAGAUUGCCAACCAAAUCAAAAAUGUUACGAGUACCCCUCAGAUACGGUGAUUUUAACUAAUAAACAGCAAAUACUCAUGGUAGGUCAAGCCUAUCGCGUAACACUUUACCUCGAAAUGCCAGAAUCAACACAAAACGACAAAACAGGUAUGUUCACCGUUUGUGCCACCAUGCAAGAUCGUGAUGCAAGUGAGCAUUCGAUCAAAUCCUGUCGACUUUCGAUGCUGCACUUCAAAUCAAACCUGCUGAAGAUGAUUUACACGGUGGUGAUGGCACCGUUCUUCAUUCUUGGCUACCGAGAGGAAAAACAAAUGGUGGCAAUCGAUUUGUUCACCCAUUUUGAAGACAGCCAGGCGCAUCCGGUCACAAGCGUUGAUAUUGCUGUCCUCUCGAAAGAAAUCCAAUUCUACUCGGCUCAACUUCACAUUACUGCCAAUUUUUCUGGAUUGCGCUAUCUAAUGUUCAACUGGCCAAUUAUGUCCGCCAUGAUAGGAAUCCUGACCAAUUUGUUUUUCAUUCUGAUGGUUUGCGUGCUGAGUUGGUAUCACUGGGACGAUACUGAAUGGCUCGUCGAUAUAAAGGAUCGAUAUCAGCAAAUCCUGAAGAGCUCACCACUUAAUGCCAUUGAGCAAGCAUCAACUGUACCAAAAGCGGUGCCCGAAGAUGAUGAUAAGCCUGAGAACAUAGAAGAUGUAUCCAGCUUCAAAGACGAUUUGGGACUGACAACAUGACGCGUGGAAGGGGAGGAAAUUGGUGUGGGGUGUGA